CCCCGGCCCGUUGCUAGGAGACAGUGGCCGCCGGCUCGAGCAUCGCCGAGGAGGCAGAUUCAAACGAGCAGAGGCGGUUAUUUUAUUUCUUUUUUUAAAAAAAAAGAAGAGGCAAAUACACAAACAACAAAUCGAGAGUUUUCAAAAACUUUGUGCAUCUGGGAAUUUGCCAAAUACAAAAUAGAAGAGAAAAGGCAAGAAUAUUUUUUGUGACAGGGAGUAACGGGCUCCAAGGCUGCCUCCCUUGGCACAGUCCCAGGAAGAAAGUCAACUCCCAGCCAGGGACAGAUUAAUCAGUGACUUAAAUCAGAUAUAAUAUCCAACCACGCUAACAGCCAGCCUGCAACUGUACUUUUCCAAGUUUAAAAAAAAGUGAGAAAACCAACACCAGACCCAUCCUCCUCCCUGCUCACUCACUUAAAAUUCUGAGUUUUGUUGGCAAAUUAAUGCAUUUGGGUUUUUGUGUGUGUUUGUGUAGUUUUUUUUUGCCCCCUCCUCAGACUUUCAGCUUCCUAAUCAAGCAGGAAAUGGCUGUGGAGUCAGUGAGGAAGAACACAAAGUGUUAGUCGGCACUUUUGGGAGGACUGUGCCGUUGGAAACAGGAAACAGAAACAAUCGCUGACUCUCCAAGCAGCUGUUGAGAAAUUUAGGAAGAAACGUCAGGAGGAACUAUGGAAUCUGAAAAGGAUACAAUUAAACAUGUGCAGACAGGUAAAGGAACCGAUUAUACGUGGCAGCUACGCCUGAAAUUUCUGAAAAAGAGCAAAGAAUUACAUUGAUGUGCCAUUCACAAGAAGUACCGUGAACAAGGAAGUGAGCACAUUUAUUGGUGUUUCGGCAGAAAAGCUGGAGUCCACUGUUGCUGUUUAUUGUAUACUCUUUCACAUAUAUUUCCACGUUCUUCUCGUGGAUGAGUCGAUUUCUCCAAUCCAUACGCCAACGCCGUGACAUUGUCCAUGUUGAGAUUAGAUUGGAGAUGAAGAGUGGACUCUUGAUGCUCACUGGGCAAGGGGCAUAGUUCAGUGUUUCAAAUCCUUCAAGUUUGUUUCCAGCUCUUCUGGGAAUAUGAAGUACCAUUUAAAUUGAUCAACAUAUGGCCACAGGGGAUCUGUAUGAGUGAACAUAAUUGGAGCUAACCCACACGUAUUCCUGAAUGAAGUUCUGUCUUCUCAUUAAGGGAGAGAAGGAUGAAACUGCAGACAAACAGGUUGAUACCGAAAAUUUAAAAACACAAGUGCUGGAAGAAAACAAACAAGAAACAUCAGAAAGGGAUUAGACUAUCCAUUACAGUACCAUGUGAUUCUAAUAUGGCAAUUUCUCUCAGUUCCCAGAGUGAACCAUUAGCAAUGAAGUCAAAGACCACGAAACAGCGAGAGAAUGAACUGAAAGCAAUAAAAGAUUUGAAAACAGUCAAAACAUGUGUCCCUGUUUCCAGAGCAGCUGCAUGUGUGAACUUCAGUGAGAAUGUCCAACAUGUGCCAUGCAAAGAAAUAGUUCACCUGGCAAAUACCACUAAGGUUGGCUACAGUCAGACAAAUGACAGCUUUCGUGCUCAAAAGAACCAGGGGUCAGUAGAUUCUAUGAAGAUGGACAGAGACAGAGGUGCAGAAAGCAAGAAGAUGAAAAAACCAGUCAAACCAGAGGGGAAGAAAAGAAAGCGGAAACAGGCUCUGGAUCAAGCAGUAGAGGUUGUGGGUCAUCAGGUGACAAUGUCUUCAGCAUCCGAGACAAAUACUUCAGGGCCUUCCAAUACACAGUCCGAGGCAUCAGAAAUUGGAAAGCGAACUGGCAGUGCUAAUCAGAAACUAGGAGACAAGUCCAUUAAUGGCAAGCAACAGGAAGAAAAUAAAGAGCAAGGCCCUUUCUACUACAUUGGAGGCACGAAUGGAGUUUCACUUAUUGUCAGCUUCUGUGAGAGCAAGGGAUGGAAUCGAAUAUUGGACAACACCCGACAAGACUACUUAUUGAAAUGGACUGAAGUUUACAUACCAUCCAACCAUCAAUACUUUCACGAAGGUAAACAGAUGUUAAACCAGAUCCCAAACAACAAGGUUCUAACCACCAAGUUUGGCCUCUGCUCUUCCCUCAAGGACAAUGAGCGUAUAAUGAAUAAAUAUGGCAGGAUCAUGUUUUCAAAAUUCAUGAAACUGGAUGAAUUUUAUCCUGAAACAUAUCGUAUGGAUCUAAAAAGUGAACGCUAUGCUUUCCAUCGAGUCUUCCGAGAAGGACAGACUUGGAUAUCUAAACCUGCUGAAUCAAGCCAAGGUAGAGGAAUCUUCCUCUUGAGGACUCUCAAUGAUAUAACAGCCUUUUUAAAAAAACUGGAAAGUGUGGAGGAAAAUCCCUAUUUCAGAAUGUGUUCCUACAAUUCUCCUCUUAGCAGAAUAGUACAAAGAUAUGUUGCUGAGCCCUUACUCCUCGAAGGUAGGAAGUUUGAUGUCCGUUCCUACUUUUUGAUCGCCUGUACCUCGCCCUAUGUGACUUUUUUUCGCCACGGUUAUGCCAAGCUUACCUGUAAUGAAUACAAUCCAAAUUCUGAUGACUUGACGGAUCAUCUAACCAAUCAGUUCAUACAGAAAAAGAACCCUCUGUACAAUGAGAUGAAGGAGGACACAAUCUGGUCCAUGGAGCGCUUGAAUGACUAUAUUAAUGAGAAAUAUAUGGAGGCAAAGCGUCUCCCCAGAGACUGGGUCUUCACUGUUUUUACGAAGAGAACACAACAGAUCAUGACACAAUGCUUCAUUGCCACCAAGGCCAGACUUGGUAGGAAACUGGGCUACUUUGAUCUUCUGGGUUUUGACAUUAUGAUUGAUCAAAAUUUCAAGGUCUGGUUGCUUGAGAUCAACUCAAACCCAUCUUUACAGAUGAAUUGUGAAAUUCUCAAAUCAGUCAUUCCCAAAGUAAUAAAUGAAGCUCUUGAUUUGAUAUUUGAGAUCUUCACAAAGUGUUCUAGAGGACUGUACAUCAUGCCGCUUGAGGCACAGAAAGAAUUUGUCCUCCUUUAUAAUGGUUCUCCAAAAGAGCCAUUUGAGAAGAGAUUUAAGGCAAGGCUUGAAUACAGAAUUUCGGAGAGAGCAACCAUUCUUAAACGGCCUCAAAAGGAUGACAACAGGCCCCAGAUAAAGGUUCUGACUAGUUUAGAGUUUAUACCGACGUUAGAUUCUACUCUAAAUCACACAAAAGCAACUCAGAGGUUUAAGUCACUGCUCUCACAAAGGCCACUCCCAGAAAUUUCGCUAGUACAGCAUCUGAGUUCUGCCAAGGCUAGACUUAAAAGUAAUCAACAGUCAAGCAACCAUUCAAAUGGAGUGACUUCAGAGGAACAGAGUCAAACCAAGCACAGCUCAGAGCCAGGCCUUUGCAAAGAAAGAACAAAAGCUACACAGUUAAUACGCAAAAAACAUUCUGCCAGUAGUCAGCUGUGCAAAAGCUUGGAGAACACCUUGAUGACAUUUAAUGCUUCCUUUCAUUCCCUGAUCAUCACCAGGACUCCACUUACAUCCAAGAAAGCCACUGCAAACUAUCUGAAAUGAAAGUUCGCUCCAAAGAAAUCAACACAUGACAUAACUUAGUCACUACUGGCAGGAAUGUCUUUUUGUUUAAUAGUUCAUGCCAGUAUUAAAAGUAAAUUUGAAUAAUGAAAAGCCAAUCAUUAAGUGUUCUGAUCUUUAAGAAGCACCACCUAAGAGGUGAGCCAGUGACUUUAUUUCACACCUGACACUGUGUAGUCAAUGCUCCAUUACAAUCAUAAGUUACAAUCUAAUCAAUAAAGUGUUUAUAGUGCAA